AUGACGGCCGCCAUUGUCACGCGCACCCCUCUACACAACCUGAGCAUGACCGGCGCACAAACGAACGGAAUCAACAAGAGGAAAAGUCAGAGGCAUCACAAUGAUCACCCGGAUGAGGACGAUCGACCCGUCAAGAAAUCAAAGCCGACAACCACCAAUACAUCAUCGAGGAACGCGUCGCAAAACACUGUGAAGAAGGCUAAGAAGUCUUACGAUGACGACGAUGAUGGUUUCGUCUUUACGCGCCUGCGUCCCAAAAAGGCCAAAGGAAAGACGCCAGAUGCAGCACCCGAGCUCGACACCACAGCUGGAGCUUCUGCGCCUGGCCCCGAAACACAAUCUGCACAGCAACUGCCACCGCCGACCGACGAACACGCGCCGAAAGAGGCCACUCAGCCACCGAGGAAGAAGGUCAGGAAGACGUUACCUGCGAGUCCCGAGCCCACCCCGCGACGACGUUCGAAGCGCUUGUCUGGCAAUAGCCCUGUUCGCGAUCAAGCACCUGCCACCACCUCGAAACCAGCUACCGAGUCGCAAUCGCAGCAACGGCACCCUGCGACACCGCCUGCUGCACCUACAAGCAAUGAAAAUGUCGCGCCAGCAGCAGAUGGCAGUCCAGCCUUGGACCAGGGCGAAUUGACGAUACACAAAAAACGCGGCCCAGCAAAGAUUCCGCUACCGUUUGGAGAGACGCCUGUGUUGCGUCGCAACAAGGAGAUGCGCAAGUUGAGUGCUGAAAAGUCGAGGAGGAGUUCGUCAGGAAUGAGAGGCCGGAGGGCUUCGUCUUUGAUUGAAGCAGGCAGCUCACGUGCCGAGCCACACAGUCAGGUGGAAACGAACGAGUUCUACAAACACAUUUCCCAGGAUCUGGUUGAGCCGAAACGUAUGAGGCAACUGCUCUUGUGGUGUGGCCAUCGCGCUUUGCCAGAGAAGAGUGCACAAACGUGCGCUAACAUGUGUUUCACAGCGAGAGCCAUCCAGGAGGAAUUGUUGAACGAAUUCAGCUCGCGGAACAAUCUGAGUUACUGGUACGACAGGGAAGACACGACGCCAACUGCCGUGGUCAAGAAGCCGAAUCCGAGGAAUAUACAAAACGCCGAGAAGUUGCAGCAGUUGGAAGCAGAACUUGCGCGAUUACAAGCAGAAAAACGAACAUGGGAUGAUCUUCUAGCCUCAACUUCACAACCAAAAUCUUCAGCAGAAACCGCAGAUGCCGAAUCAUCACAAUCUCCACUCGACAUUUCGCCACAUUCGAUCAAUCCCUCCCUUCUCGACCCCUCACAAGCCGACCAUCUCCAAACUCUACUUUCCAGCAUCUCACUCAACUCUUCUGACGCAUCGACCACCCAAACGUCUACCCUCGAAAGCACGAAGACUCGCGUUGGCAACAUAGCCUCAUCGCUAGAAUUCAAGAUCGACAAACUGGCGGAUGGAGCGCAUAAACUUGAACAAUAUACAGCACACGCGCAGAAAUUGGCUGAUCGGGUGCUAAGUGUGGGAGCUGAAAAACUGGAAGAAAAGGACAGGAGUGUUAGAGACAAGAAUAGCAGUGGGUCUGGGCAAAUUGAUGCGCUGGAUAGGUUGAGGGGCUUGAGCCGGGUGCUGAACAGGCGUGGUUGA